AUGGAUUACUUUUCAGCCAUGGAAAGAAUACAACGAUCUACACGGAUUAUUUCACAUCUUGAAACUUACAUGUUAAAAAACUGUUUCUUAUCUAGCGAUAACACAGUUGUAGUUAGACAAAAGGAACUAUUUGAUAAUGUUUUACAGAAGCAACGAAAUUUCUUAGGGAAGUAUACAGGAUUUAAUGUAAUUGAGCAAAUAAAUGAUAACAAACUGAUUAAAACUACUGUAAAUGAAAUAGUGGUAAUCAUUGAAGCUGUAGCCAUUGCUUUAGAUAGUUCUCUGUGUAUGAAUGAAAUUCCUAAUCGAAAUAAAGUGGAUGUGAAUUCGCAACUGUUCUCGCUAGGCGAACAUGUGGUUGAACUGAAAGUACCUGUAGAGAAAUGCAGUUGCAGUAAAUCAUUUUGUAGUGAUAUUUAUUGUUCUGAUUCCUGUAAACUGAUUUGUUGGUUUAAAUAUACUUUGACUAGAUGGAGAUGUCAUGCAGUAGAUGAAAGCACAAGUAUAUCUUUAAAUAAUAUAUGCGACGGAAAACUUGAUUGCUAUGACGAGAGUGACGAAAUGGGCUGUGACGCUGGUGCUUCAAUAAAUAAGUUCGAAGCGAAUAAAAUUUAUGACAAAAUACUAAAAUUGGUAAGAACAAAAAGCAGAAGUAAAGAAUAUUUAAUUGUAUCUGGGAAACUGAUGCUGUUUUACAAUGCCGUAAAAUUGCUGCAAAACACAACUCUAUCCCCAAACAUUGAUGUUAUGAACGUUAAAAAUGUCAGGGAUGAGUGUUUUUCGGCUUUACUUGCAAUAUACGAGGAAAUUAUAAAAAGUUCUUACUUUAUGGGAGAUUUAGAGGAAGCCCAACUAUUUCUGCAAUCGAUCAAUGAAAAAUUAGUAUUGGCAUUGAAACAUUCGAAUGUUGAGACUUGCAGGAAGCACCAUUUAUUAAUAUUAAAGAAGAAUCUUCGCGAUGUCGGCAGGAAUAAGAAACUUACUUCUUUAGGUGAAACUCUUAAAGACUGGAGUGCCAAGGUUAUACAUAAUUUAGAAACCGCUAAAGCUGAAUACAGACCUACCCCAACCACGUUCCGUGAUAUCAUCACUGAUAUUCUAAACGAUUUGGUGAUGACAUACGCCUCGAUUGACGAUUAUACAUUGUACAGAAGAAAUAAGAACGAUACGUACUUCGAAGACUUCCUGAAAAUAUCACAGAAAAUUAUAAGGAAUCUGAAGAUAUGUAACCGAUAAUUUAUUACGAAUCUGUUUAUUAUUAAGCAUGUUCUGAUAAGCUAUUCUGUUAAAAAUACCCUCAAACUUGUAGACGACAUCAGCGUUGUCACGGUGUAGAUCUUUAUUGAAAUUACCUUGUCAUGUAGGUUUUAUUUAAUAUUGUAAGCUGUUUUUAUAACGGAAUAGCAUUAUAGGAGAAAUAUUAAUAAAGUUUGA